UUGAUGACGUAUGAACAGAAUUCUGUUUCCAAACCAAACAUCCGGCUGUGUAUGUCAGCCCUGAAACGAGUCUCUCUGUAAAUAAUCAUUCAUUUUUCUGUGUUCACCGUUGCGUAGCCGAAAUCUACUUAAAGCAGGUAACUUCGCUGGCUAUGGCUGAUCACCAGCAGGAACAGCAAGGAGACUGUAAACCUUCAGGGCCACCACGCCCCACCAAAAAGCCAGACCAGGUUCUCUAUGUCCCCAAAGGGCAGAAGGAGGGUGGUGGGCAGGAGGGGGAUGCUCAGGUGCCCAACCCCAACUCCAAGAAGCCCCAUACAGACAAGAAGGGUAAGCCCAGGCCUCGGUACACAGACAAGGCCUGGAAGAAUAAUGCCAAGAACAAGAAAGACAAAAGCGGAGGCAAACCAAAGAUGGACGAGUCACCCCUAGGUCACGGAGACUCAGGUGUGGCUGUCGCGAACGGAGACGGUAACGGUAGUGAGAAAGAACGAGUGAACGUGGAAGAAGAGGGAAAGGAGCCGCAGCAGACGACGGGGGAGCAGAGCGACUCACAGACGGCUUCAAGUGAGAGCAGUCAUGGUGGAAUCCCCAGUGACAUCGCUGGGCUGUCCGACCGGUUGACGAUCUCUGACCCCAAAGCUUCAGACGAGGACCAGGAGGAGGAGAAGGAUGAAGAGCAGGACAGCUGGGACACUCUGUUCAAUGACGACGGGGAAUCCCUGGAUCCUCAUCUGCUAGAGGAGGUUGCUGAGAAGUCGGGGCGUAAGAAAAAGUCCAUGCAAGAGCCGCAGGUCAACUCCUAUAACUGGACGCCAGAGAGCGAAGACAUCGAGCUCAGGGACGAUGAGCUCUCGAACAUAGUAGAGAUCUUCGACUUUCCGACCGAAUUCAAAACCGAGGACCUGAUCCUCGCUUUCCACUCCUACCAACAGAAGGGGUUUGACGUUCAGUGGGUGGAUGACAAGCAUGCUUUGGGCCUCUUCUCCAGUCCCAUAGCAGCUCGGGAUGCCCUUUCGACGCCACACCCGCUGCUGAAGGUGAGGCCCCUCUCCAAAGCCUCAGCCGCCACCAAAGCCAAAGCCCGCAGCUGCUCAGACUACCUCCUGCCUGCUAAGGAGCGCCCCGCGACGAGCGCCGUCCUGGCGCGGAGGUUGGUGAUGGGGGCGCUGGGCGUGAAAAGCCCCCAGAGCAAAGAGGACCGCGAGGCUGAGAGGAAGAAGCUGACGGUUGCCAGAGACCAAAAGCGUUUAGCGGCAAAACAGAGGGAGGACGCCUGGGAAGGGAAGUGACGUGAUGUGACAUGGUCGGAGUCCCCAGCUCUCUCUCUCU